AGAACCAGAAGAAGAAGAAGGGAAAGACCUGGCAUAUACAAGGGAAGGUCCAACAACUAAGGAAGAUAAAAACAUGUAUUUCCUCCCAGAGUUCUCCAAGGAAACAUGGAUUCUCAUAAUCCUUUUGCUGGCGCUUCUCACUUACUAUGGGAUUUGGCCUUACAGAAUUUUCAAAAAGUAUGGAAUACCGGGUCCUAAACCCCUGCCAUUUAUUGGAACGUUUCUUGAAAACAGACAUGGGGUUUUUGAAUUUGACGUGGAAUGUUUUAAGAAAUAUGGCAAAAUAUGGGGUUUUUUUGAUGGUAGGCAGCCAGUUCUAGCUGUAAUGGAUCCAGCAAUCAUAAAAAGCAUUCUUGUGAAGGAAUGUUACAGCCUAUUCACUAACAGAAGGAAUUUUGGACUCAACGGACCUCUACAUUCUGCAGUAUCAGUAGCUGCAGAUGAACAAUGGAAGCGAAUACGGACUGUGCUGUCCCCUACAUUCACCAGUGGAAAACUGAAACAGAUGUUUCCGAUCAUUAAACAUUAUGGAGACCUUUUAGUGAAGAACAUCCAGAAGAAAGUGGAUAACAGAGAACCUCUAAACAUGAAGGACAUCUUUGGAAGCUACAGCAUGGACAUUGUUCUCAGCACAUCAUUCAGUGUAAAUGUGGAUUCACAGAACAAUCCAGACGAUCCAUUUGUGGCCAAUGGCAAGAAGCUUUUCACAUUCUCCUUUUUCAAUCCAUUGUUCUUAAUCACAGUGCUUUGCCCAUUCCUUAUACCUCUUUUGGACAAACUGAAUUUCUGCUUUCUUCCUUUAAAUGUUCUCAACUUUUUCCAAGAUGCCAUAAAAAGUAUAAAGAAAAAUAGGCAGAAAGGUAUUCAUUCGGAUCGGGUGGAUUUUCUGCAACUCAUGGUUGAUUCUCAAACCAAAGAUGGGACAUCAAUAGGAGAGGAGAGUCAUGGUUACAAAGAACUGACUGACACUGAGAUAAUGGCCCAGGCACUUAUCUUCAUCGUGGCAGGCUAUGAGACAACUAGCACUACCCUUAUGUUCAUGGCCUACCUUCUGGCAGCACACCCUGAUGUCCAGACUAAAGUGCAGGAGGAAAUUGAUACCCAUUUACCUAACAAGGCUUCUCCCACAUAUGAAGCUCUGAUGCAGAUGGAAUAUCUGGACAUGGUGAUUUACGAAUCCCUGCGACUGUACCCUGCAGCUGGAAGAAUUGAAAGAGUCUGUAAGAAAACAACAGAGAUCAAUGGAGUAACCAUACCGGAGGGAGUUGUGACUGUGAUCCCAGUUUUUGCUUUACACCGAGAUCCUGCACUCUGGACUGACCCAGAGGAGUUCCGACCUGAAAGAUUCAGUAAGGAGAAUAGAGAAACACAAGACCCUAACACCUUCCUUCCAUUUGGAGCUGGGCCCCGCAACUGCAUCGGGAUGAGGUUUGCUUUGGUCAACAUGAAGUCAGCCAUCACUCUGCUACUACAGAACUUUCAUUUCCGAACCUGCAAGGACACACCAAUCCCUCUGGAAAUUGACACCACGGGGUUUUUAAAGACAAAAAAACCUGUUAUACUCAAUCUGGUGCCCAGAGAAGCUCAGAAGACAGAACAUUAGAUCUGGAAGACAAAG